AUGAAAGUCCUUCGGGACCUGUGUCAGUCCAUCGCGAGAGGGGAGCGGUUUAUAAGCCAGCAUCGUCAGGGCACAGUGUCUCACUUGUGCCGACGAAGCCGCAGGAUCUACUACCGCUACGACAACUCCGUCGAGAUGAAGGUCGCAGCUACAACCGUAAUGACUUUUCUCUUCGGAAUGGUGAGCCGAAGCGUCGCUUUUCCUGGGGCAGAGGAACUGGCGGCACGGAUGAACCAGAUUUUGCCUCCGGAAGAAAUUCAAAGCGCAGAGGACACCCCAGUGUCGGUUCCGGCGCCCCGAAGACCGUACUCAUUCAGCUAUGCGGCAACAGAUCCCCAAGAUGGUUCCUCUCACUCGCGAUCAGAGACUUCGGAUGUGACAGGGAGGGUCGUAGGAUUCUACACUAUCAGAACAGCCGACGGCAGAAGUCGACGUGUCAACUACGUUGCUGACGAGAGGGGUUUCCGUGCCGAAGUGGUCACCAACGAACCGGGAACGACGAGCCACAACCCAGCCAACGUCAUUUUCAGGUCGUCAGCUCACCAACCCUUUCCAUCGCGACAGCACACUGCUUCCGGGGCCACCCUCGCUACCGCGUCCUCUUACGUGCCAGUGGCAAGGGCCCUGCCAUCCGAGCGCACCAUCGUCGUUCCGGUGGGGCAUCGAGCUAUCUUUGUUCCCAUUGAAGCAGUUACGCCUGACGGACGACCCUCCACCGAUUAA